AUGGCAGCGAUGGGCUCAAAAAAAAGAAAGCUGGCGCAAGUGGCCGCCGAGGUCACCGACGGCCCCCCGGCAACCGAGAAGGGUGCUCAGAAAGCAUUUUUCAUAAACGCUUCCAACUGGAACCUGGAGCAGGACUACGAGUCAAGGCCACGCAAGGGAAAGAAGAAGAAGGAGCCCAAGGAGAGCAACAGGCUGCCAAUUAAGACGGCCGACGGUCGGCUCGAGAUUUUAAACCGUCUGGAUGACGAAGGCGACGAUGUCUCGGUCGAGAGCGACACCGAAUGGCUCCAUGGCCGCGAAGACGAGGUCGAAUGGGAGCCAGAAGAGGAAGAGGAAGAAAAAGCAUCCACAAUACCAGAAGCGCAACAGAUUCUUGAGGCGCAAGAGGAAAUGGCUAGACUGGCUAUGGCUCUCAACGAAAGUCCAGAGGAGAAUAUCGCUUCGCUAAAAGCCCUAGCCAAGUACGGCGAGUCCGCAAUCACAGCCAUCCAGAUGCUUGCGCUCAUGACGCAAAUGACCGUCUACAAGGAUAUAAUUCCUGGAUAUCGUAUAAGACCUCUGGCGGAAGAUGAGCAGAAAGAGACCAUCUCAAAAGAAAUUCGCCAAUUACGACAAUUCGAGCAGUCGCUCGUCUCAGGUUAUCAGCACUACGUCAAAGAGCUGAACCGCGUCGCCCGUCUAGGCGUCAGGGCCAAACCUGGGACUCAGAGUAUCUCCAACAUCGCCUAUACCUGCGCCUGUACCCUCCUUACCGCUGUGCCUCAUUUCAACUUUCGUUCCGAGCUCCUCAAAAUUCUCGUUUGGAAGCUGAGCCGGCGCCGCAUCGACGAUGACGCCCGCAAGUGCGUGGAGGCGCUCGAGACGCUCUUUCGCCAGGAUGAUGAAGGACGCCCCAGCAUGGAGGCCGUCUCAUUGCUGACCAAGAUGAUGAAGUCGCGCGAGUAUCAGGUCGACCAGGUCGUGCUCAACCUAUUCCUUGCCCUGCGCCUGCUCUCCGAGUUCCGCGGCACCGCCUCUAGGCACCGCGUCGAUAAGGAGGGUGAGGACGGUGAAGCGGGCGAGGAUGGCCCGCAGUACCACCACAAGAUGAAGAAGAAACAGCGCGAGUUCCGCACCAAGCGCGAGCGCAAGGUGCUUAAGGAUCAAAAGUCCAUCGCCAAGGAGAUGUCGCAGGCCGACGCUCUCGUUAGCCACGAGGAGCGCGAGCGCAUGCAGUCGGAGACGCUCAAGAUGGUAUUUGCCUGCUACUUCCGCAUACUCAAGCUGCGCGAGCCGCAUCUCAUGGGCGCCGUCCUCGAGGGCCUCGCCAAGUACGCCCGCCUCAUUAAUCAGGACUUUUUCGGCGACCUGCUCGAGGCUCUCAAAGACCUGAUCCGCCACAGCAUCCAGGAUGCCAAUGCAGAGGCCGCUGAGGAGAAUGGCGAGGUGGCCCCUCAAAACGGUGACAACGAUGACGACGACGAAGACGACGGCGACGAGCCCUCACGGAACCUCACCCGCGAAGGGCUCCUCUGCACCGUCACAGCACAUACGCUACUUGCAGGACAGGACGCUCAUAACUCGCGUAACGCCCUUCACCUCGAUCUUUCCUACUUCACCACCCACCUUUACCGCUCUCUCCUCGACCUGUCCACCAACCCCGACUUGGAACUCACCAAACCCGCGAGCUCCUCCUCCGGCCCCGUUCGCUACACGCGCAUCAAUGUGCAGACGACGACUGUCCUGCUCCUCCGUUCCCUUACCGCUAUUCUCCUCCCGGCGUGGAAUAUCCGCUCCGUCCCCCCCCUCAGGCUGGCUGCCUUUACAAAACAGCUCAUGACGUCGUCGCUGCAGCUGCCCGAAAAGUCAUGUCAGGGCACUCUGGCACUGCUCGGCGAUGUUGCGCACACACAUGGAAGAAAAAUCAGUAGCUUAUGGAAUACGGAAGAACGCAAGGGUGAUGGGCGAUUCAACCCCUUUGGCGACAGUGUGGAGGGGAGCAAUCCGUUUGCGACGACAGUCUGGGAGGGCGAGCUUCUACGGAAGCACUACUCACCCAAGGUGAGAGAAGGACAUCAGCUUAUGGUAAAAAGCAUGAACGCAAAAUAG